AUGAAGUCAAAAUUCGCCAUUUUAUUGGCAAUUCAGCUACUAAUUUCGUGUGUGGUUGCCAUUUCAGUCCAAGAUGCCUUCACCAAGGACUGGAUCUCUUACAAUUAUGGUGACCUUGUCAAGUGUUCCGUUCUGGGAACCGACUCAGUCUUGUGUCUCUCCAAAUCAAACAUCCUAUACCAAAUUGGAGCAUCUGACGGUUCAAUCAAAUACUACAUCGAUCUUCGGAAGGUGUCCAAUAAUGCCUUCACGAUUGCAGGCUCCAAUGUCAUAACUUAUGCUGAUGGUUCUCCAAAGGUCUAUAUCUGGGACAAGGAUUCGGGAAUUUUGAAUGACGAAUUGACCUUCGACGGUAGUGUUCACAGUAUUAGUGAAUCUCUGGGUGAUGUCUUUGUCACCAUGGAAAGAGGAAUCAUUGAAGUUUUGACUUUCGAUACGUUGAAGAUAGUUAAGGAUGGCAUUCAAGACCCUCACAAGUCCGUAGACGAAGUCUACAGAGCUGUUCAGGACAAGAAAUUCGACGAGACUUACGCUAGAGACGAGUCCUUGAAUGGCGUUUCAAACAAAAUGAUCUUUGACCAAAGAAAGGAUGCUCGGAUUAUCACUGAUGGCACCAAAAGCUACCUUGCUGUCAUCAGUUCAUUUGGAAUUCUUGUUGCCAACGUUACAGACUUACAACUGACUUCUAUUCCAGCUUUUGUUGUGUCUGUUGUCGACAAUUUCGAAGAUUUUGGUAUCUUUGGUGAUAAUGUCGUUGUUUUGUCCUCUAAUAAGUCGAACUUUUACGUUUCUGUGAAGGGGAAGGGACUCAGCACAAUUUCUGAGUCCAUUUUAGCUAGAACGAAGCCAGUAUACCAUGGAAAGGCCAUUCUUGUUGAUAAACCACUCUCACUUUCCACUAUUGAUGAAGUACAUCACUUAGUUGAAGAGACUCAUUCCAAGAGCGUGUUGUUCCGUUGGCUUCUCAGAACCAAGACCCAUUUGGCUCAAUUGGGUAAGCUUGUCAGUGACAUUGUGUCAAAAAAGGACUUUAUGAGCGGAAUUAAUGAAAUCUCGAAAGAUCAAUUUGGCUUUCACAAGAUUCUUAUCUUCUUCGAUGACCAAAAGAAUGAGCUUGUAGCAAGAGAAUCCAGUGAUGGCCUGUUAUUAUGGAUUACCUCAGUGAACUCGAGUGGCGAUUUUGUUGACUUUUUCGGAGUGGAUUCUGAAGUUGUGGUCAUAUUCACUCAUCUGGUAGUUGCCAUUGAUUUACGAACUGGAGAAGUCUCGCACUCUGAGCAUUUUUCUGAAGCAAUCGAUGCAGCCUUCAAGAUCUGGUGUGAGGCAGCAGGUGAAGAUGAAGAAGUCAAAAGUGGAUUUCAUGUGGCAGGUUUAAGAUUCGGUGAUGGCUUGAAAACCUGGGGUCACAAGAGAGCAGUUGCACCUUCCCAGUUUGUUCUCACAGAAAACGAUGACAUUGUUCAUGCUUACAAAUUGUCUGGAGAGACCUUGAUUCCAACCUGGUCGUUUUCUGAUGGUGAUCGUAUCCUUUCUGUCACCAAGAACACUGAUGACAUUACAUCGGCUAUUGGUAUCACCAGAUUCGAUAGAUCGGUCUUGUACAAAUACUUAAACCCCAAUCUAAUCACCGUCAUAUCUACUCAGGAUAGCACUUUGAGAAUUACUUUACUUGAUGGAAUCACUGGCUCUGUGCUUCAUGUUCAAGAACAUAAUGAUGAAUUCAUUGAUUUCACCUCCGUUAAUGUGGUGCAAAGUGACAAUUGGGUGAUCUACUCUUACCAGGCUAACUACCCAGCCGUUGAGCAGCGUAUUAUUGUUUUGGAUUUGUUCUCCACUAGUGAAAAUGCGCUUGGAGGUGACAAGUCAGUGGCAGAUGGCACAUAUAAUUCGACGAUAGCUACGGUUUCCAGCAAGUCGUUUUUGUUCCCAGAACGAAUUCUAGCAAUGAAAUCUUCGACAACGAAGUUCGGAAUCACAAUCAGAUCUGUCAUUGCACUCACGGAUUCCGGAAGCUUGGUUGAAUUACCAAAAUACGUUCUUAAUAGCAGAAGAAUCGAUGACAGGAAAAUGACCCAACAGGAUGCAGAGGAUGACUUCCGGUUGAUGCCAUAUGAACCAGUUGUGAAUAUUGAUACUCAAAAAGUCUUGAACCACAAGAUCAAAUUACAGUUAUCAACUUCACCACAGCAGAUUCUUGCUCGUUCUACUGGAUUGGAGUCGAGUGGGGUUAUUUGUUUCAUCAACGAGUUCAAUGAGUUCUGCACUAUUGUUCAGCCAUCUUCUUCAUAUGACUUGCUUAGUGGUAGCUUUGAAAAGGUCAAGCUUUUCAUCACCAUAGCAGCUUUGUUCGUUGCGUACCUUGCUUCCAAGCCGUUUGUCUAUUCGCAGAAGUUGAAUGCGAAGUGGAUUUACUAG